UGACGUCAUGAUAUUUGAUUCGAUGACCUGGGUUGGUUGAAAGCGGCAUGUGGGAUAAGAUUGACAGGAGGAAGGAUAGGACAGAUCAAAGUUCCUUCAAGUCUUUAGAAUAGAUAGCGGUUGAUCGAUGCUGGUGAACCGGGCACUUUGAUACUGCAAAAUAUUGAUAACAAAGCGCCGUAAAAUCAGCGCAAGUGCUGCAUUUUUCUACUAAAUUUACUUUACAAUUUAUAUGUAAAAAAAUGACUGCAAUCAACGGGGAAGGGAAGGACCAAGUUAUAUUUGUUACCAAGGAAGAGCAUGAAAUUCCUAGCACUGUAAAACUAGUUGAUGAGGAUGCAGAUGAGGAUCAUGCAGAAAAAGGUCUCAUCUUGCCGAGUGGUGAGAUAAACUGGGACUGUCCGUGUUUAGGAGGGAUGGCAAGUGGAGUAUGUGGAGAGCAGUUUAAGUCAGCGUUCACCUGCUUCCACUUAAGUCAAGAAGAGUUGAAGGGCUCAGACUGUCUGGAGGAGUUUAGAAGCAUGCAGGAGUGUUUUCGUCAACAUCCUGAACUGUUCCCUCAGGAAGAUGAUCUACAAACUGCAAAUCCUGGGCCAGAUUCAGAGCAGAAAGAUUCCCCUUCUAUCUCUGACUUCAGCACAAGUGAAGAGUCAGAUCCUCUGCCUUCACAGUUGCCAAUAACUACUUAAAACUGUAGAGCAACCAAACUCCAUCACUUAUUCCACAUAUUAUUUUUACAAAAAAUUUAUUUAUAUCUAUUUUUAAGAUGAGACAUUAAAAGGGAGAAGGGGACAAUGUUUACAUAAAUGUAGAAAGUAACAUUACAUGGACAAUAUAUUUUAGAUCAGGUUAAAUAAUAUCCUGAUAUUAAAAAAAUGGUGAGAAAUAAAGCAUGUAAAGUAUGUUUGAAAAACUUUGUCUUCUGGGAGAUAUGAUUUUUAUAAACCCAUCAUGGUUUGAAUUCUGUGUUAUUUCUUUUAUUUUUUAUUCUUUUUCAUUUUUUUCUAUUUUGUUCAAACAAACAUCUUAAAGUGUAACUUUGUUACAUAUUGACAUGUAUUACGUGUGUGAUUUUAAAUCUACUGAGACGGUGUGUCAAACAUGGUGCUUGAAUGAUUACAAGCAUUUGCGUGUAAAAUGUGAAAUCAUAUUUUGAUUAAAGAUUAUAGACACAUCAA